ACUUGAAGCAGCUGGCGCUAAUAUUUCCAUAGCAACAGCCUCGCACCAAUCAAAAAUCGUAUUUUUUGCCAUCACAAGAUAUAAAUGACGUCAUUGACAGUCAACUCGCCAAUCAACGACGCUCUAGCAUAAAAGGGGACAACUCCUAACUCAAAUUGAAUAGGUCCUAUAUUGAACAUUUGGUAGGCACAUAGAGUUCAGUGGUAGGCACGUAACAUAAUUCAAUUUGUGUUUUGUUUCAUCAUUUUUCUUGUAAAAACAGUGCAGUCUUAUAAAAAGAAAAUUGUGAAGAGAGUCUGCUAAAGCGAAAAAUAAGCCUAUACCUAUAUAGGUACUUUUUUGCAUCAAGUUUUGCGAUCUCAAUCAAUCGCAAGUUGGUUGGUUCACUUUGAUUGGGAAUAUCAUAUCAAAAUUGUACCCCAAUCACCCACCUUUCACUUAAUUUGUGUAUGGGGCGAUACAGACGAUUUGAUGCUGCUGUUAAACAAUGUCUCCUCCUGCAAUAAUGAUGUUCAUCGUGGCAUGUGGAAUAUUUGCUUCAUUGUUUUGUGGCAAGAUUGCUGCGCUGAUAGACACUAGUCCUGAAAUAGCAGAUGUGCAUUUGCAUCCGGUCCAUGGAAAUUCUGCGGAACAGCACCAUGAUGCAGGCUGGAAUAGACCAUCAAAUGUAGAUUUUUCCUACAGCUCUACAGAUGACCUGAUGUGGUUUAUUCAGGUAUCAGAUUUGCAUAUCAGCAUUUUUCAAGAUCCAAGCCGCAUUGAACAGCUCAAAGAAUUUGUGAAUGGAUCACUGCCCAUCAUCCAGCCAGAGCUGGUUGUGGCUACAGGUGACUUGACUGAUGCCAAGAAUGAGGACAAUGUGGGAUCACUACAGUAUGAAAAGGAGUGGCAGAUAUACAAGGAUAUCCUUGUGAAAGGAAAUGUCUUCAACAGCUCAUUUUGGCUAGACUUAAGAGGAAAUCAUGACGUGUUUGACGUGCCGUCGGCGGACAGCCCGCGCAACUGGUUCCGUCAGUACGGUGUCCAGGGCGCCGCCCACCCGCGCUCCUACCUGUACGAGCUGACGCGCGGCCGGCGGCGGUACGCGUUCAUCGCGCUCGAUGCCACCGUCGACCCCGGGCCGCGGCGGCCGUUCAACUUUUUCGGCGUGGUGUCGCCGCGAGAGCUGGCCGCGCUGCGGGGGUACACGGAGCGCGCGCGACGCGCCGACCACGUCAUCUGGUUCGGCCACUUUCCGAGCUCGACGCUGAUCCCGGCGGCGGAGGUACGCUCUCUGAUGGCCGGAUCGCUGGCCUACCUGUGCGGUCACCUGCACACUCUGGCGGGGCUUGUGAAGCAUAUGUACACCCGGCAGCGGUCCGGCACGCUGGAACUGGAGCUAGCCGACUGGCGGGAGUCGAGGCGCUACCGUUUGCUGGCGAUCGACCACGGCCUGUUCUCCAUCUCGGAGGUCGAGUUUGCCGACCAGUGGCCGGUCGUCGUGGUAACCAACCCCAAGCGAGCCGACCUCAACAUGCCACUUAACGAGCCGCUCUGGAGUAUGAGGGAGAUUCCGCACAUUCGGAUCCUGGCGUUUUCGCUGCACCGCAUCACCUCGGUGCGGGUCCGACUGGACGGGGACGGCGACCCGUGGCUGCCCUGUCAGCCGGCCGGCGGGCCGCUCUUCACGUGUGACUGGCGACCGGCCGACUACAGCACCGGCCUGCACACCAUGGAGGUUUCUGUUGAGGACGAGGGCGGUCUCCGCCGUCAGCUGUCUCACACGUUCUCCCUAGAUGGCAGCACCGUGUCGUUCCCGCUCCUCGCGCGCAUCACGCUCAUGCUGGACGCCUCGGCAGCGCUGCAGUGCUGUUUCGCCGUCGGCCUGUUGGUCUGUGUGCUGCCGCCGGUGGCCAUCCGACUGACGCACGCCAAGGUGGCAGCGGGCCGGUGGCGUGCGCCCCGCCCCGCCAGCCGCUGUGUGCGCCGCUGGCUACGGCGAAUCCACCUGUUCUCUGCCGUGGACCGUCUCUACUGGCCGCACGUCGUCGUACUGCUCUACAUGCCACUCGGUCCGUGGCUGAUCGGUGAAGUCAUCACCGGCUACACGGGCGUCGUGUUCGCGUGGGGCACGUUCAUUGGCGGCGCGUUCAUCCCGGGCCUGCUACAGUAUGCGUUCGGCCUGGUGCAGCUGCUGCUGUUCCACCUGCCGCUGCUGACCGCAACCUGCGUCCUGCUCGACAGGAGGCUGUCCGCCCACACCGCUGGAGGCCGGUGCUGCUCACGAAGUGUGUGGCCGCCUCACAUAUGUCUGCUGCUUGCCUGUCUAGUUCAACUGUAUGCCUCGAUCAACUUUUACCGGUCGUACGACCUGACGGCAGCCGUGCUGGGCCCGUUCCGCACCUGGUCCCUGCUGGUCGGACUGUACAUGUGGCGCACGGCAGCCACCGUACCCGUGUCUGUACUCAGGAGAGCCGCCAAUUCUUGGGACAACGAAGACGACAACGCCCAGCGGUCGGUGGCUGAGUGAUGACGUCACUGGAUAACGCUGAUGACGUCACUGGGGGGCACGCCGGCUAGUUUAUUUUAUCAGUGAACAAUGCUACAUCGGAGCAGGCACUCUUCGGCUUCAUCCCAAGUCGUGGGUGUGCGCUUCCUAUGUUGUUCUCGCUCAAUAUUUUGUAGUAUUACUUAAUUUUAUUGCAUUGUGGAGACACAAUCAGUACGGAAUGAAAUGCUGCCCUUUAUUAGAGCCAAGCGUUUGAUAUCCCUAAGUCGUCACGGAACCAUUUGAUGAAUGCUGCUUGCUGAUAUGACUAAAACGCGCUAAAAAGUUCAGGGAUUGUUUUAAUUUUUCCCAAGGAAUAUAUACAACAUCCAUAUUGAAGAUUAUGUCGACCGUAUUAACUGUAGACCGGUUUUCACUCGGCAACUGAGUGUGUGUGAAGGUGAUGUUAGGUGGGUAUAAAUUUCUUGUGUGAAUGUUUUAGGAAAUAUUGCAGCAUUAUUAUGCGACAUUAUGAGGUAAAUAUUGUCGUUUGGUUGGACCGGUGUGAUAACUUCUUACCACCGCCAACGUGGGUCUGUUUUACUUAGUACCUAUGUUAUCAAUAGUUUGAUACGCUCGUAUUCGUUGUUACGUAUCCUGUCCGAUGAACAUUGCUCCGAUCCUAUUAGCAUAUUCCGACAAUAUCAGUAUUGUUUUUUAUCAACGACCACAACUGAUUCCUUAUAACCCAUCCCAGAGAGAAAACUAAGUUGAUGUUAGCGACUUGCUCUUGUGUCAUGAAGGAACUUUUUUUCCGAAACGUUGGUAGGCGCCAGCGUCCGCCUCUCCCCACCCUACCCCGGUGUGGUGUGGCGCAAUCAGGGAGCAGAGUUGUGAUAGAUACCAAUUACCAGGUGAUCCGGUCUGAACCCUGCUGUGUCACAGAGCUGUGAAUAGCUCUGUUUGUUCGGACCGGUGGUUGUUCAGUUACUUCAGGUGAUAGGUUGCUGGCUUGCUGUGUGUAUUACGUAAUGCGUUAGCGGUCCAAAUGUCGGUAUUCUUGUCCAUCCUGUAAGGUGCGUGGCAUUGCUGCCCGUGUUGCUUCACAGGCUUUUGUUCGUCGGAUGUGUUGUAAUUGAAGUUUCAACUCCCCUAGCUGUUGACAAUAUGUGUUCUACGGAUUUGUGUUGUACGGACUGCCUGGACCCUCGUCGGUCGGUCUUUGUCGUCGAUCGCAGUAGAUCACCGUUCCUGAUCUGUCAAUCAAAGGCUUGAAGCAUAUUCUGUUGGUUUGUUUUCCCUGCGUAUUUGUGAAGACAUCAGUGAAUCACGGCACGGUUCAAUGAUAAAUACUCAUCUUUCACUGAAUAUUGAAUUGCCUAAAUUAAAUGGUGAAGCAGUUUAGGGAUAGGUACCUAGCAUGCUCGUUUGGCUGAUAAAAAUCAACAGCAUACCUGGUUUUCGAUAUUUGAUGCAAAGCCAGUGAACCGAUUAGAUUUUUUGUUUGAUUUUGGAAUAAAUAUUCUACUGAAUGUA